AUGCCAACCAAACGAUCUGGAUAAUUCUUCUCGGUGCUCUUCCAUCCGAUUGCUCGCUUCCAUGCUACAAUUAAAGACCGGAAGUCGGAAAUUUGUGCUCAAUUUAUCAAUAAUUAGCAGCACACUCCCAUCCAAACUCCAGAGACGUCUAAAGUUUAUAUGAAAUCUCUCACCGGAGUUGCUGUUUGCCAAGCAUCUCAAAUUGUGGCUCGAUUCGAUUUUUCCGAUGAUGAAAAUCCGCCAAACGCUCAACGCCGGCAUUGAGCCUCAAUUGGAUGAACCGGAAAGCCCGCCGAGAAUGAACGACGUUAUUGAUUGGAAAACUUGGAAAACGAGAAAAUCCAAGAUCAGCUUGUCAUAAUCUCACUUUUAACCGUCAUCGUCAAGUAGCCGCGACAGUUGCACCGAAAUCGUCUCUAAUUCAUCACACUGGAUCUGGAGAUGGAUGCAAUCCCAAUUUGUGAAUCUCCGAAUGCGACUCGCCGAGCAACAGUCAGAUGGGACAGAAUAAUGUGAUCGACGAUGCUCCACCACCAACACGCUCACGUGGACUGUGAUAUUUCAACUGGACGAUUAUUCAUCACCGACUUCAACAAUCACCGACUCCUGUCGCCUCGUCGCCUCGGAACGUGUCACCUACAUCGACCAACCCGUCCCCAUCCGAAUAAUUUUCUAUUUUUUUUCAAAUUUUAUUUUAUUUUUUUAUAAAAUAAAAAUUUUUAUGAACUAUC